UAAAAAAAUAAAAUCAAAAGUAACCCCCAAUUACUACUUAUCAUAAAUUGGUAUAAUUGGGUCUGUAGACUCUGUACCCAUUUUGAGAGUUUCGUCUGAAACAUUGAAACCAUUCUGAACGGUAACUCACUUCGUCUGAAACAUUGAAUUUCACUUGGUCUGGUUGAGUAAUGAGGUACGUGAAGUCGUUGAACUUGUUCCAGGAUUUGCUCACGUCAAAAGCAGUAAAACGGGGUCGUUUGCUUGGUCUGGAUGUUGGUGAUAAGUAUGUUGGACUAGCUGUUUCAGACACUCACAAUAAGAUAGCUUCACCUCUAAGUGUUCUGCUAAGGAAGAAAUCAAAUAUUGAUCUAAUGGUUAGUGACUUUCGAAGUCUGAUCUCUGAACUUUCUCUGGUGGGCUUUGUUGUUGGCUGCCCUUUUGACAGACAAAGAAGUGCUCCUGAUGCUGUGCAAGUGAAGCUUUUCAUUGAUGAUCUCUGUAAAACGGGGAAACUCAAAGGUUUGAACUACACGUAUUGGGAUGAGAGUUUUACAUCUAAGAAUGUGGAAUUACUGUUAAAGCCUUUGAAUUUACAUCCAGUCCAGUCAAAGACAAUAAUUGACAAGUUUGCUGCUGUGGGAAUACUCCAGGGAUACCUGGAUUAUGUUAACAGGAAGAUGAAGUUGGAAGCAGCAGAGUAAGAUGUCUCUAAAUGGAUGCUAUAGCUCACUAACAAGGCCAGCAUUGGGG